AAGCAUUUUGGUUAAAUAGAAGAAGAAGAAGAUUUCACAAUAAAUCUGUUUGUGUGAAGAAGACACAUUAGUAAUGAGCAAGGGAAAAAAAAAAGGAAAAAUGGAAAGUGAAUAUUUUUCAGCUUGGAGGACUACUUCAUUGCAGAGUCUUAUGGAUGAUGAGGAAGAUGAGCUACAGAAAGUUACAUCCUUGCCUGCUAUACCUCAACCAAAGACACCACAUGAGCCCAUGGAAUUCUUGUCAAGGUCAUGGAGUAUUUCGGCUACCGAAAUUUCGAAGGCUCUGGCUCAAAAACAGAAGCAAUUUUCACUUGACAAGAAUCUUGAUAUGAUAGUCCCGGAAGCAGUUGCUUUGCCACCAUUACCACCUAAGGGUACAAAGUCUUCUAACGCUAGGAGGACAGUGUCAAUUGGAAAGUGGUUCCGACAAAAGGAGACUAGCAGCGACACAUUGAACAAGAAAGACAAGGCACGAUUGGAGAAUGCAAGAUUGCAUUCUGCUCUCUCCAUAGCGGGACUUGCCACGGCCUUGGCUGCCGUAGUCGCGGAAGAAAACUCUGGUAGAUCGCGUUCGAAGAUGAGCAUGGCUUUGGCGUCAGCCACAGAACUUUUGGCAUCACAUUGCAUUGAAAUGGCCGAGACUGCUGGAGCUGAUCAUGACCGUGUUGCUGCCAUUGUCAGAUCAGCUGUGGACAUCCGCAGUCCCGGGGAUCUUACGACUUUUACUGCUGCAGCCGCAACUGCUUUGCGAGGGGAAGGUGCUUUGAAAGCAAGGCUGCCAAAGGAAACUAGAAAGAAUGCUUCUAUAAGUCCCUUUGGAAAGGGAAUGGCUGAAACUAAGCCUGCAGCUUCAUUUGGUGGUCAAAAGGAGGAUCCAGGUUCUCAGUUGGCGGGCGACUUAUUGCAACUUACACGAAAAGGAGUUUUGCAACCGAAGCGUGUGUCUGUCUACAUCAACGAGGAUUUUGAGGUCAUAAUCAAACUCAAGAAUAAACAUGUUGUUGGAGCCUUCUCAAAAAAUAACAAAUGCAUUGUCUAUGGAGUCUGUGACGACAUUGCUGCGUGGCCCUAUAAAAGAGAAUGGGAAAUUUCAGAAGAACUCAUCUUUGGUCUGAAAACCGCACAAGGUCUUCUAGAGUUCAAAUGCAAAAGCAGGAUCCAUAAGCAGAGAUGGGUUGAGGGGAUACAAAGUCUCCUUCGCCGAGUAAGCAACGUCGACGAGACUGAGGGCUCUCUGGGAUUUUUAUCCAUCAGCUCUAGUAUAUGAUUCCCUUGUGUACAUGUGUAGCACGAAAAAGUAGGACAGAAAAUAAACCUCUAUGCAGACGAUACUUCUAUUACAAGAGAAGAGAAGAUUUGUACCAAGGAAUAGAUUAGGAACCACACAAUUUUUCUGGCUUCUUAUGUUCAGUAAAAGAGUAUGAUCAUUUUUUUUUUUUUUGCUUGAAAAUACAUUCUGUCGCCAAUGUUUGACCCUUGAUAAUCAGCUUGUGGGAAUCAAUGAACAAGGCCAACAUCAGAAGAAGAAGAAGAAGAGGAAAGUGGUCAAUAAGUUUAUGUAUACUACAUUACAGUUUGAGGUGUGAAUAAUCUGAUAAGAACAUUUUGAAUGUAUGAAACACAUUCAUUGAGGUAUGUUAGACCUCCUUUUGAGUCCUUUCUUUCUCUCUCUUUUUUUUUUCUCUUUUUUUUCUUUUUUUUUUUUGAGGACUACACUUGGAGCUGAUAGAAUGAUUGAAUAACUCCCUUUUAU